AUGGCCGGUACAGAUGCCAUGGUUUUUCUUGUGUUCCUGAAGCUGGCAGCUUGGUUGCUCACGGCUAUUGCUGCCCCGUUGUGCCUGAUCCUCGUCCCUAUCGAUGUAACUUACAAAAAUAAUGAACAAAAUGAUGCAUCACAAAAUGACUCACAAGGAUCAAAUGGUUUUCAUGAUACUUUUAUGUAUUUUACGAUGGGUAAUGUCCAUGGUCCGCGGCUAUGGGCACAUGUGAUUCUUAGUUACCUGGUCACUGUUGCUGCAUUAUGCAUGGUGUAUUUUGCAUACAAAAAAGUCAUCGCACUUCGACAAGCAUAUUUUUCUUCUGUUAAAUACCAGACGAGUUAUUAUUCUCGUGCUCUUAUGGCUACGGACCUUGCCCCUGACAUUGUAGACGACGCGUCCCUUCGCGAUACACUUACAUCUGCUGGCAUCGUAUACCCCUUAUGUGAAGUUCAGCUAGGCCAUGGCAUCGACGAUUUGCCUCAGUUGCUGGAGACUCAAAAACAGACUGUUUACGAACUCGAGUACUAUCUGGACAGAGCAUUACGAAGCAAGACAUGCAAACGUCCCACCGUGCGGCUGAACUCAUGGUAUUUCGGUCACAGAGUGGACGCAAUCGACCAUUAUUCCAGAGAGCUUGAUGCCAUAAAUGAAAAGAUUUAUCUCGCACGCUCCGAUCAGACCGACUAUGCGCCCCAGUCGUAUGGAUUUGCAUCGCUCGCUGCUCCCAUGUACGCACACGCGACUGCAAAGCACUUUUCAAAAAAGCAGCCGCGUAAUGUGAAAAUUCGGUUGGCCUCUUCACCAAACGACAUACUUUGGACAAAUCUUAUCAAAAGCCCUGCGUCACGCAAGCGAUCGCGCCAUUUCGCUCGUUUCUUGCUCUUCUUGCUUUUCGUCGCCAACGUUUUCCCCUUGUUGACCGUGUCGAUUAUUUCAAAUUUGAGUGCAUUUUCACCCAUUUCAGCAAACUUGGAGACGUGGCAGACAUAUCAUUCUGUUUCAUUUGCUAUAUUCACGGGUGUGCUCCCACCUCUUAUUACAUUUGCUUUCUCGCUGCUCCUUCCAAUGAUGAUGCGCCGUAUCGCAAUGUAUCGAGGCGUCCGAACACGACAGUCGCGUGAUCUGUCUCUGACGAGCCAGUACUUUACAUUUCUCAUGGCCACACAACUCAUCAUCUUCUCAUUGAUCAGUGUGAUCCUAGACUUGAUCAUCAUGAUCCUCUCCGCGAUGCAUAACAAAUUGUCUGUUUCAUCGGCAUUUUCGCAGAUCUCGAAAGAAAUCCUUGACCAGGUCUCGAAACGCUUCCAGUUUUUGUCUGCAUACUGGAUCACAUGGAUCAUCCUAAAGGGAUAUUUACUACUCUUCGAGCUUGCGCAAGUGCGUCGUCUUUCGUUCUUGAUGAUCCAUCGAUAUCUAUUCAAAUACAACCCACGGCGCAUUCACAACUAUACAAAAGCACCUCACUUUUCGUACUGGGUCAUCUAUGCCGAGAUGCUGUUCUUAAUCGCAAUUGGCUUGAUUUAUGCACCAUUGGCACCUUUCGUUACUGCUGUGGCUGCAGGUGUGUGCUGGAUGGCGCUCUUCGUGUACAAAAAUCAGCUCUAUUAUGUCUACGUGACAAAGUCUGAAUCCGGGGGACGGUUAUGGAGCGCUGUUGUGAAAUGUCUUCUUGCCAUGUUAGCGACCAUGGAAGUGAUUGUGGCGAUUGCUAUUGGUUUACUCCAAAAUUGGGCUAAGGCGGUGGUUUGCAUUCCACCGAUCAUUGUUAUUGGAUUGUUUGGCUGGUAUUGUCAUGCCAAGCUAGAACCGCUAUUCCUGUGGCACAACCCUUCUCCCAUGGACCUCGCACACUUCCAAGUUCAAGUGUAUGGAUCAGACCGUGAGCAUCUCGCCCGUCAGUUCGGUAAUGUGUAUCUCCAUAAGCCCCUGGAAAAGCCCGUUGUGGAUUCUGAGCUCAUUCACCGGGUCAAAGAAUUCUAUGACGGUCCCGUGGUCUCAAGCAAAACAAACAAUUCACUAGAAUUGGAACAGGAGCCGGUGCUCCCGCUGAAACGCUCGCGUUCAAGCAGUUCUCUCGACUCAUCCGAUACGUUCGAUACAAAUGCUGACCCUCUACCGGUUAUUGACAUCGACUCAGUGUAUGGAGAUGUGUUUGACCCAAAAACUGAAACGCAAAUGGAGCGGGAAGCUAAUAUCCUGCAUCUUCCAUCUUUAAACAAAUUCGAAUUGGAUCAAGAUGGAGAUGCUUAUUCUAUGGUGUCGAUGAUGCCGGAACCAUCGUCGACUCCGCAAGCAGCCGAGAACAAGAUCGACGCCGAAACGGGUACGAGAUGA